AUGGUCACUGGUGCUCACAGGUGGUCUGUGGUGGUCUGUGGUACUCACAGGUGGUCUGCGGUGCUCACAGGUGGUCUCUGGUACUCACAGGUGGUCUGUGGUGCUCACAGGUGGUCUGCGGUGCUCACAGGUGGUCUGUGGUGCUCACAGGUGGGCUGCGGUGCUCACAGGUGGGCUGCGGUGCUCACAGGUGGUCUGUGGUACUCACAGGAAGGCAAGUCCGGAAAGGCGGCCCAUAGCCUCUGGGAUGCUGCCGGUGAUGCUGUUGUUUGA